AUGGCUGAUGCCUCCAUCCCAAAACUUGGAGAAGAAAAAGAAGCCACACCUUGCCCCAGUAUCCUGCAGCUAGAGGAGCUCCUGAGGGCCGGGAGAGCCUCUUGUAGCAGAGUGGAUGAAGUCUGGCCCAACGUUUUCAUCGGAGAUGCGACCACAGCUAAUAACCGAUUUAAGCUGUGGAAGUUGGGGAUCACCCACGUGCUGAACGCCGCCCACGGAGGACUCUACUGUCAGGGGGGUCCUGACUUCUACGGCAGCAGUGUGAGCUACCUGGGGAUCCCAGCCCACGACCUCCCUGAUUUCAAUAUCAGCACCUACUUCUCCUCAGCAGCUGACUUCAUCCACCGAGCCCUCACCAUACCUGGAGCUAAGGUGCUGGUGCACUGCGUGGUGGGCGUGAGCCGAUCUGCCACACUGGUCCUGGCUUACCUCAUGCUCCACCAGCAGCUGUCCUUGCAGCAGGCCAUAAUCACUGUGAGGGAGCGCCGAUGGAUCUUCCCCAAUCGUGGCUUCCUCCGACAGCUCUGCCAGCUGGACCAGCAACUUCGGGGUGCAGGUCAGCGCUAAGGAGCCAGAGCCAGUCCUUCCUCUCUGCCACCAGGCUCUGCCAGUUUGCUACUCUUGCCCUGGCCCUGAUGGCAGCCUUAGCCCAAGUGG